GAAUCAGACAUCGCAGGAGCUCACGCGGCCACCGUACUUGUUGUAAACAUGGCGUCUGAUGAAGAUAGUGACGAGGAUUUCGUGACUUUUGGAACUCCUUUAGAGCCUCUGGAAGAAGAUGAACCCAUCAGAAAGCCGGUACCUGUGCACGAACAGACAGUUAAAGAUGAGAAGGGCCGUUACCAGAGAUUUCACGGUGCUUUCACUGGUGGCUUCUCUGCUGGUUACUUCAACACAGUUGGCUCUAAAGAAGGCUGGACUCCAUCAACAUUUGUAUCAUCACGACAGCAAAAGGCAGACAGACAAAAUGUUAGACCAGAGGACUUUAUGGAUGAGGAGGAUUUUAGUGAGCAUGGUAUUGCCCCUCGAGAGAUUGUCACUACAGAUGAUUUUGCAUCUGAGAGGAAAAAUCAGUUAAAGGACAAGGCACGAGCAGUCAGCUCUCUUGCUGCUCUGAUACCUGGAGACACUGGACUGCUCGAGGAGCUUAUUGCCCCUGCAAGGUCAUCUAUUGGUGUGGAGCUGCUGAGAAAAAUGGGCUGGAAGGAUGGCCAGGGAGUCGGACCAAGACUCAAGAGAAAGCAACGCAAGCAAAACAGUGAUGCAACUAAAGUUUAUGGCUGUGCAUUGCCACCCAAUGGAUCAGAGGAGUCAGAGGAGGAUGAUGAUGAAUUCGCUCCAGAGAAUGUGACCUUUGCCCCCAAAGAUGUGGUCCCAGUGGACUUCACCCCUAAAGUAGACUCCCAUGGUCUGGGUUACAGAGGACUCAACCCUCUUCAGGCCUUGGGUGGCGGAUCAGAAUUAGGACAUUUAAACCUCUUCACGCUUCAGUCUGAUAGAACAGCCAGCUUAUUUGGAAACAGAAAUUCAGGACAGCAACGCAGGGGUGGGAUUGCAGGACAGGCUUUUGGUGUUGGUGCAAUGGAGGACGAAGAUACCGAUAUUUAUCACAAAGACUCCAUGUCCAACUAUGAUACUGUUCUGGGAGGAGAAGAACCAGGGGAUGGACUCUACGGAUGGACCGCUCCCCAGCAGUACAGCAGGAAGAAGAAUGCAAUAAAAAGAGAUGUGGCAUAUUCGGGCAGGAUUCUAGAUGGGUUUACAUUGGCCUCUGAAGUCACAGAGAUCAAAACGGUCUAUCCUCCACCUGAUUUGCCCCGCGAUUAUCGGCCCGUACAUUACUUUCGUCCUCUGGUUGAUUUAUCCACCGUCAGCCCCAUCGUUGCCCAGGCACUGCAGACUUCACGUGGACACCUAUCACAGGAUGCACCACAGCAGGGCCGUCACAGCUUAGACUCUACUCAGAGACGUGACAUGCUGGGAGAAACAGCUCUACAGGGUCCAAGUUCUGUGUUUGAGCUGCUUGACAGUAAGGACAGAGAGCGGCUGAAUGAGAUCCGCAAAGCAGCCGGGGAACAGAAGAAGUCAGUGGGAAACCUUUCCUCAGCUGAAGAUCGAGCUGCGGUGGUGGCUUCAGCUAAAGCUGCCGCUCUACAGGCCAUGUCCAGCCGUUUCCAGUCAACUACCUCACAACCUGAUUCCCACACCCUAAUCAAAUCUCAGGCUUCCUCUGAGACGCAGAUGGCUUUGAAUGCUUGGUCUGGCCCCACUGCAGAUGCUGGCAAAACCUUUAAACCUUUUGCAAAAAAUCCUCAGAAACAGGCUCGCUAUGAUCUGUACAUCAACAAACUCAAACAGGGUGAUAAAGAUGCCCUGGAGUUGAGUCUAGACUCUUCUAUGACGGAGUGGGAGAGAGGAAGAGAAAGGGAGGAAUUUGUGCGUGCUGCUUUACUUUAUAAGCCCAGCAACUCUUCUCUCUCCUCACGUUUUACACGUGGCAAACAUGAGGAAGAUACGGACAGUGUAGAGGUCACACGGGAUCAAGAAAAUGAUGUGGAUGACAAGCAGGCCGCUGUGAAGAUGAAGAUGUUUGGAAAGCUGACCAGAGACACAUUUGAGUGGCACCCUGAUAAACUAUUGUGUAAAAGAUUCAAUGUUCCAGACCCUUAUCCAGGGUCCAGUACUGUGGGAAUGCCUAAAGUAAAGAGAGAUAAGUACUCAGUUUUUAACUUCCUUACAAUAACGGAUGGCAACCAGGUCAGCAGGGAGGCCCCGAGUGCUCCCAAACCUCCAGAAGUCUCCAAUAAGAAAUCCAGGUGGGAUGUACCAGGGCAGGUAUCUGAACCUAAAGACCCACUCAGUGCAUUCCUCAGUGAAACCCGCAGUGAGGUUUCAGCAGCUCAGCAAAUUGAGGCUGAGACCAAGACCCAGACAGACUCUCCACAUGCUUCUGCUACUCCAGAGGUAAAAGUGGUGCAGUCCGAUGGGCAGCCGACUGAGCAAAAGACUGAAGAGGAGGAGAAGGAAGAGGAUGAAGAAGAAGAGGUGAGGCCUCCUAUGGAUCUUUUUAAAGCCAUCUUUGCCAGCUCGUCAGAUGAGAAAAGCUCAUCUUCAUCUGAAGAUGAUAGUGAAGAAGAGGAAGAGGUGGCCCCUCCACCAUCUGAACCAGUCCAAAGCAGCGCAGAGACACUGAACCCACCCAUCUCAGCUCAGAUCACUCCUGCUCCUGACAUCAGCAAAGUGCCAGAUUUACAGCAGCUUACAGUCCAGAGCAUGUCAUCUGCUGAAACUACAGCACAAAAUACUCAGUCCUCCCAUAGUGCUCCUGCUAAAUCUCAAGGGCUGGAUGAGGAGGAGUUUGGCCCCAGACUGCCACCUCCUGGGUUUAUCCCGUCUGCACACUCACCGCAGCUGAAGAAACAAAAGAAGAAAGAGAAAGAGAAACACAAAGCCAAGAAACACAAAAAAGAGAAAAAGAAGAAAAAGAACAAGAAACACAAACAUAAAGGGAAACAGAAGAAGAGGGUUGAAGAGACUAAUAGCAGCUCAGAUGACACAGACUCCGACAGUGAAGAUGAAAAUAGAGUUGUGUCUGCUAGUGAACUGCUCCAGAGGUUAAAAAACAUCAGGAACAAGAGAUAAAACAUAUCUGAAGAACCGAGGGCGAGGGUUUUGUCUUACAGAAGCUUCAAGAUGAAUACUAAUUGUGUGUAUGUGUGCGCGCAUGUGUGCUGGUGCAUUUAUUUUAGAGUACCUAAUGGCAAAUGUGUUAUGAUUGCAGAUAUUUUUUAAUAAUAAAUGAAUAAAAACAAAAAGAUGGGUGAUUUAUUAUAAUAAAAUGUCAAGCAGCUACAUUAACCUUAUUAUAAUACAACAAUAAUUUGACAGAGUUACUGUAGAAA